CUCUCUUUGGUUCCAAACAAACACCCAUAUUUUAUUACUGACUGCGAGGUGAGUUGUUCGAAGUCCCUCGGACCAUUGUAUUUCUUGAACCCUUUCCUAGAGUUUCCUUCGUUCUAGAGAGAGAAAGAAAGAGAGAGAAGCCCCGGCCACGUUCGAGGCCGGUGGGAAAGCGAUCGAACGGAGCUAUAAAGACCGGCAAACGAAGAGAGAUUGAAUGUGGGAGUUUUGGAGAAGGCAUAGGAGGAAGGUGUAUGUUACUGUUGGCGUUUUUGGAAGUGGGUAUCUUUUCUACAAGCUUUAUGAUACUUACACACGUAGGCUCUCUGAUCUGGAGAGAGAACUUGCCAGCGAGCUUGAAAAUGAUGAGCUCCUUAAAACCCAAAUGCAAGCACAUUUUGAGAACAUUCAAAGGAUAGCUGAUACAACAACUUUACCUCAUGCAAUGCUCUAUUUGAGUAGUCGGGUGGCAGAAGAGUUGGACCUUCUGCACCUGACAGAGCAGCUAAUGAAAGGGAAGGGUCAGCCCAACACUUUGAAUCCUUCGCAGAAACUUGAGCUAUGGGAGAGACUGAAAAUUCUAAGUUUCACAAGAAUGGUGGUGUCACUUUGGACAAUGACAGUGCUUAGCUUAUACAUUAGAGUUCAAGUCAACAUAUUAGGGAGACAUCUUUAUAUUGACACUGCACGGGGUCUUGGAAGUUCCCAUUUACUUGAGGAAACUGAUUUAAUUGAUAGGAGUGACCAGCAACAGUUUCUGGCAAGUUCCGAUUUUCUCUGUAAUUAUGGCAUGCCCACCUUGAUUUCUAAUAUGCAGGCAGCAGCAACCGAAAUUCUCAAAGAAAAGCAGUUGAUGGAUAUCUUCAACACCACUGUAAUUCACGAUACCGUUGUGAAGAUACUGGACAUUUUCAUGAGCACAGGGAGCCCUCAUCAUUGGUCGAAUUAUUUAAUGCCUGAGGACGCUAGAUUCUACAAAUUUAUCACAUCCUCCAGCAGUGACAACACAGAUGCUUCUGAUGUCACCAAAUUUGAUCAACUUAUGGUUGAGACACGUGCAGUGUUAUCAAGUGCUGAUUUCGGAAAUAUUGUUGACAUAUCGUUAAAAACGGUGGUGGAUGCACUAAUGGAAGAUAUCAAGGUUGUUUGUGGAGAAGCCAAUUUGUUGUCAGGGAUGCCUCUAGCCAAACUUCUGCCACGAAUCGCACAGAUGGAUCCACUACUGCUUGAAGAACCAAGCAAGAACAGGUUUAUACAAAUCAUCCAAACCAUACCAGAAGUUCAGCUAUUCUUCACUCUUCUUUAUGCAAACAUGCCAACCUUUGUAGAAUAGUGAGAGAGAUUGUAUUUUCAGACAUUUUAAGCUUCAAAUCUGUUGAGCUAGGUUUGGGUUCACGGUUCUCCCAUUUUCAACAAAUUUAAAAAGAAUAAGAAAGAUGAAGAUAGUUGAGUGAAUUUGUAAAAUUUCAGUUGCCAUGUUGUUCGUUGUAUUAUUAGUUUGCCGAGUCUUCCUGAAUAUUUUUUUGGAGGCGUAAUAAAUUAGAGCUUGAUCCCGGAGGGUUUCACCAA